UCGAGAACGUCAACGUCGACAUCGCCAUCCAUCCAAGGACCACGACAAUCCUCUACAUCACUGCAACACCGUCAUCAUGGUUCUCGCACAAGAUCUCCUCAACCCAACUCCCCAGGCAGAAGCCCGCAAGCACAAGCUCAAGACCCUCGUGCCCGCGCCCCGAAGCUUCUUCAUGGAUGUGAAGUGCCCUGGCUGCUUCACCAUCACAACCGUCUUCUCACAUGCCAACACCGUUGUUACGUGCCAAGGAUGCUCGCAAGUUCUGUGCCAGCCGACCGGUGGCAAGGCCAGGUUGACCGAGGGCUGCUCUUUCCGGAGGAAGUAGAGGAUCUGCGGGUGCGAGCGAUGGCGAUACAUGGGAUGGCUCACGACGACGAUGUAUUCGAGACGAUGCGGUAGAUCUCACGGGUUUCACUCGAAUCGACUAGCGGGAUAGAAGAGGGAUCUUCGUUCGAAUCAAGCCAAAAAUUCAAAACGGGAGUUCCGGAUAUCUAGCGUUGAUCCACCACCCUUACCUCUCUUUCCUGUUGGCUGGAAUACUUCAUAUUGGCUUCUUUCACUACCUCUGUGUACUUACAUGCAUGUGGGAGGAGAGAUGGCAUUUCACGAGCUCUGGGCAUCGUCCUCGGGGUGAGGACCGGUUUGCGAGCAUCGAGGAUACCUCCACAUGCUAGCGGUCUUUCUAUAAAGCUCAAAAUCGGCUCUUUAUCA